AUGCAUCCCUCCUCUGACCUGAACCCUGCAGAAAAUGAGUGUGGUGAGCUGAAGAGAACAAGCACCAACUCUGAAGGAUCUGCAGAGAUUCUGGAUGAAGGAAUGGUCUCUGAUCUCUUGUCAGGUUUUGCCAGCCCUGAGAUCUGCCACACAGCACGUCACUCCAGACGACUCCGCGUAUUCAAUACAUCACAAUCCGUGCAGCCAAGGAAACCCAGCAAAACUCUGCCCCCCAAAUCCCCGGACCCUCAGGGUGGGAGUAUUUGUAAAGGCUUCCUUGUGUUGCAUAAGGUUUCCUCCAUCCUCUACUGUCAAGAAAGCCUCAACAUUUCAAUCAGCCAAAAUAUACUGACUGCAACAAAGUAUCCUUUGGCAGUGCUCUGGUCUGGAUGCGGCCUGACAGAGCUGUCUUACACAAGGCUUGGGAAAGUACAGAACAUCCCUGUUCCCAGGGAAGGCACCCUCCUGCAAGGCAUGCAGUGCAAUGCUAAUGAUAAUUCAACUGCAGCCUUAAAUGGGUCCACUUUAUCCACCGUGGUUGCCACUACAGCAGAUUCCACUAAAUCCACCGUUCCUCUCACCUCAUUGAAGUCCACUACACAAGCACCGACCACUAAAGCCACUUCACCAGCUCAGACUGGGCCAUCUUCAACAGUGGCUUAUCAAGACCCAGCCAAUAACACAACCUCACAAAAUGUUCUUGUCACAACUCAAAUCACAACAAUUCAACCCACUACACCCAACGCAGGCACUACUCUUACAACCUUCAACAACAGUCCUCAAACUUCACCUACAACUCUCAUCGCAACCGAUCCCAACCAAACUGAAUUACCAACAACAGAAUCAGACUCUAAAUCUACUGCUUCUCAAAGUCUUGGGACAACUAAAGCACAAACAACUACUGCCUCGAUCAUACCAGGCCAGCGAAUUGAUGAAGAUAUUACAACUAACACUCCUGAAGAAAUCUUUAAUUAUUCCUUUGAUCCAAGCAACAGCACGGAGUAUUCCUUUGAUCCAAGCAACAGCACGGAGAAGAACAAUGUGCGUCAAACCUGUAAGACGCUGGGUCAGAAGAUGAAAGGAAAUUGCACCGUGACCGUGGAAAUUCACGACAAACGAUUAAUUGCAACAGUAACAAUAGAUGGUGAGGGAAAUGCCGACCAAAAGAUACCGCCAGAUAACUACAAACCUAUAGAACCUGUCAGUGGAGUUACAGACAGUGAUAAUUUCCAGAAAGAGGAUGUAAUAGUGGUCAGAAUUACCAGACACGUUGAUCAACACCUGACAGAAGAGCUGCAGACAGUGGAGAACGGUUAUCAUGACAAUCCUACACUGGAGGUGAUGGAGGUACAGCCGGAGAUGCAAGAGAAAAAACUGACAAUGAACAGGGAGUUCAACGACAGCUGGAUCGUCCCCAUAGACAACCUGCUGAAAGAAGACAUACCUGAUGAAGAAGACACACACUUGUAA